AUGUGGGGGACGAUGGCCGCCAUCACAGACGUGUACAAAGCGACGCUGAAGGUUGCGUACCCGGCGACGGAGGGCAUCACGGACGAGCUCAAGGCCGUGAUACCCGACUACAUCACCAAGGCCAAGAAGCGCGUCGACGAUCUCAUCUUCGUCAUCAAGGGGCUCAGGUGGGAGUCGGAGCAGGCCAGGGUGAUCAUCGUCCAAGCUAACGACAAGCUGCACGCGAUCCUGCAUGAAGACUUCAACGAUGAACCGAGUGAAUGGCAAAAGGACGAGGAGGACGAGAUACCCACGUCCGAGCCCACUAGAUGA